AUGGCUGGCGUGACUCGAGUUAGGCUUUGGGCUCUUGCCUUCGUCGCUCUCCUUGGCCUCCAGGUAGCCUUGGCCACUAGAUCCCUUCUUGGAACUAGCGGAGGAGGUGGCGGCGGUGGAGGAGGUGGUGGCGGAGGUGGUGGAUCUGGUGCCGGUGGGUCUGGAUAUGGCUCCGGCUCCGGAUCUGGAUACGGAGAGGGUGUCGGCGGGGGGAGUGCUGGAGGGUACGGUAGAGGCGGUGGCGGAGGGGGUGGCGGUGGAGAGGGAGGCGGUGCAGGUGCUGGCUCUGGUUCCGGGCAUGGCUACGGCUCCGGCUCCGGAUACGGUGAGGGUGUUGGUGGCGGGAGUGCUGGAGGGUACGGUAAGGGAGGAGGCGGUGGCGGCGGUGGGGGAGAAGGAGGAGGGGCAGGAACUGGCUCUGGUGCCGGGCAUGGCUAUGGCUCCGGAUACGGUGAGGGUGCUGGUGGUGGGAGUGCCGGAGGAUACGGCCGUGGCGGCGGCGGCGGUGGCGGUGGCGGAGAAGGGGGUGGUGAAGGCGCCGGGGCUGCGCACGGGUAUGGGUCUGGGUCUGGUUACGGCAGCGGAGGAGGAAAUGGCCACUACUAG